CUCUAGAAUUCAGAUGUUGCGCGUUUGUGAACUACGUUUUCGCACUGUCAUUAUUUCCGUUUCCACUUCAAGAAGCAACACACUUUUUCAGGGCUUUGCAUUUUCCACUCUCUCAACUCUUCCAGCCCGCUGGAUCUGUAACCAUUACUGAAGUCAAACUUUUAUCUUUGCAAUGGGGGACAUCGAAGCUCCCGAUACGACUGGACCGCGCCAAAGUGUCCUUCAAACUAUUCUCCCAAUCGCAAAAGAAUUCGCAUCUUCACGGAAAGGACAACUUCUUAUUGCAGAAGUGGUAACGUAGCAUUUCAAAUUAUAUAUUACUGUCAUUAUUUCCAUUGUGUCGUCCGAAUACUUUUCUUUAACGCUGCCAAGACAAGCAGAUGCGUAGAAGUUUAGUUGGCGGGGGCGGGGUGCACUCAAUUUAAUGGGUUUGUGUUAUUCAGUGUUAGGAUUAAUUUAUGCUAUUACAUACCAACUCUUCAAGCAGCUGUUUAGGUAAACUAUAUGGAAAACACAACGAUCGAAUUCUGCUCAUUUCUAUUGAGGUCAAUGUGUCCAUCACACGGUUCUCAUUUAGGCAAGGGAGCAUUUUGUUUUCGUCAAUGGCGCUAAAAAAAAUGCUUUAUUAAUUAGACUUAGCCACAUCUUUUUAACUUUGGAAGAAAGUUUUAAGUUUACGACAGACUACCUUUUAAUUCAAGUGAGAACUUUGAUUUAUACCAGUUAGACGAAAGACAUAAUACAUAUGGAUAAUGUUGGAGACAUAGCCUGUAAACUAUCAUUUAUAUUCAUGUAGCCUAGUGUAGGCUAAUUGAUGUUUACACAAGCAAGCAAUAGACCUUACAUACAACUGUAAUGUAUUCUAUAUUUCAUGUGGUCAGUCUUCUGUCGCACUUCUGCUCUGUAUUACUGGAUAUCUACUAAUAGGUUUUGACAUGAUGUGCAGUAGCCUAUUGUAGGGACACGUUUGCACAUGCAAUUAAACCAAAUUGGUCAUGGUACAUACAAAAUACAUGGUACACACAAAAUACAUUUAAAAGAGAGUUUGCUAAAAUUACAAAUGGUUGCAAAUAAAUUAACUGCAUGAAUUAUUCAAUGAUUAUUGAUUAUUUAAAACCUCAGAUAUCAGGAGUGUGUCUGCUUAGACAUCUUUCCUGCAAAAGGGGUUAUCACAAAGGAUUUGAACUGAUUGAACACAAAUAUGUUAUUAUCAUGGGCCCUCCUUUGUCUGUCAUGCGAGAUUCAGUUCCUGGAUCUGCUGCAUAAAACAAUUAUCAACCCUCUCAGUCUCUACUUAACUGACACUGCUGGAGGGCAUGUAGCCCAAAAGCUAUACUGUAGAGAAUAGAGGACUUUAUUAGAGGGCUCUGGCUGACUGGCCCUAUAAGGUAAAGGAAUCAGUCUCCAAGAACAAUGCAGCCUCUUUACACCCACUUAGAAUAUGAUCCUCUCCCCUGUUUGUUCUAGAAACCACAUGGGUGCUACUAUGACUUUAACCAAUGGAAAAUAAUGGAAAAACUCACGAUAAAAUAUGAAAUAUGGUGGUUUUAGUAGUGGCUCAAGACAGCUGGAAAACAUACAUAUAGUUUUUUCUGAUCAUAAUAGCUGGAAUGACAAUAAUGCUGCUUAAGUAAUUUAAUUUGUCGCUCGUAGCAUCCAAUUUACAAGAAAUGUGUUGUGCCAGAAUUCUCAGAAGAAAGUAUUAGAUUCCAAGAUUCCUAGAGAAUUUCCCUUGUUGCUUUACUAUCCAAGGACAUAUUUGGUAAGAACUGUUCCUGCUAUGCAGAAACAUAGUGGGUUUCUGAGAUGAGAAACCUUAGCCAUGUCAAGGUCAGACAAAAUGUCUGAUAAGCAGAAUCACAGUUCUGCUGUGCAUUAUGAAGAUAUUCAACGUUAUUCGAUGAUGAAACACAUUCUAAGUGUUAGAUAGAUGAACAGUGUGCUCUUCUCAGGGUUGUAUCUAUGAAAGCAGCAGUAGCAGUCUGUGUUGCAUUUGGGGGAGUUCCCACCCCGAGGCGAGCCUUGUCUGUGGUUUUGAAGACAAGAUGGCUCUCUGUGUAGGAUAACAGUGCCUGGGCUUGUCUUGUCCAAUGAUGUUGGCCGGGGGAACUCAGGACAAGGGGAUGUAGGAAAACAAACACUAUCACCAGAAAUGCUUUACAAAGAAAACUGCAUGCUGAUAUUAAAGACUUGUGCAUGUCUUUGAAAUCACAAAGACAGUUGCGUCUUUCAGGAUGUGUGCUCAACCAGACAAACAUGUUUCAUGAUUAGCUAAAGUGAACAAUUACAUUAACACGUGUAUAAACAAGCAAAAACAUUUGAAUUCACGUACAGUAUAGGCUUCUAGCGUGUCUGUAUAGACCUGUGUAUAUUAUUUGUCAUUCAACAGCUGCAUCUCCUUACAGCUUGAGACAGGAAAUGUAAUAGCUUAGGGGCACUGCAACAUUUCUUGAAAGGGAGAUUUUGGACCAAAAUAACUUCAGUAAGCCGUUACUGCAUUCUAUUGGUCACUUUCUCCAUCUCUCCCUUCCUCUGUCUUCUCCGCUAGGCUCUGUCCCUCAUCGCGUUCAUCUGUUUUGUGGCGUCCACGGCAGCAGCCUUUGUUACAGCACCCCUCAUUGAGUUCCUGGCUGCCCUCUUCCUCCUAUUUGCCUAUUCCACCAAAUUCAAUGAGCGAUUUAAGGGAUUCCACUUCCCCCUCAUGGUGAGUAUACUGGUCAGGUGCCACAAAGAGGGACCUCGGAAAACUACAUUGGCUCAGAACAGGGCAGCAUGGCUGGCCCUUAAAUGUACACGGAGAGCUAACGUGAAUAAUAUGCAUGUACAUCUCUCAUGGCUCAAAGUGGAGGAGAGAUUGACUUCAUCACUGCUUGUUUUUGUAAGAAGUGUUGACAUGCUGAAUGUACCGAGCUGUCUGUUUAAACUACUAGCACACAGCUUGGACACCCAUGCAUACCCCACAAGCCACCAAAGGUCUCUUCACAAUCCCCAAGUCAAGAACAGACUAUUGGAGGCGCACAGUACUACAUAGAGCCAUGGCUACAUGGAACUCUAUUCCACAUCAGGUAACUGAUGCAAGCAGUAGAAUCAGAUUUUUUUUAAAACAUAAAAAGACACUUUAUGGAACAGCGGGGACAGUGAAGAGACACACACAGGCACAGACACACACUCUACACACACAUACACAUGGAUUUUGUACUGUAGAUAUGUGAUAGUAGAGUAGUGGCCUGAGGGAACACAUUUAAUGUGUUGUGAAAAGUGUUAUGAAAUGUAAUGUCAUAAUAUUUUAACUGCCUUAAUGUUGCUGUACCUCAGGAAGAGUAGCUGCUGCCUUGGCAGGAACUAAUGGGGAUCCAUAAUAAAUACAAAUACACUGAGUGUACAAAACAUUAAGAACACCUUAAUAUUGAGUUGCCCCCACAGAACUUCUCAAUUCGUCGCGGCAUGGCCCAUGUUGACUCUGAUGCUUCCCACAGUUGUGUCAAGUUGGCUGGAUGUCCUUUGGAUGGUGGACCAUUCUUGAUACACACGGGAAACUGUUGAGCGUGAAAACCCACUACUACCACCUACUACCAUACCCUGUUCAAAGGCACUUAAAUCUUUUGUCUCACCCAUUCACCCUCUGAAUGGCACACAUACACAAUCCAUGUCUCAAGGCCUUAGAAACCCUUCUUUAACCUGUCUCCUCCCCUUCGUCUACACUGAUUGAAGUGGAUUUAACAAGUGACCUCAAUAAGGGAUCAUAGCUUUCACCUGGUCAGUCUAAGUCAUGGAAAGAGCAGGUGUUCAUAAUGUUUUGUCCACUCAGUAUAUUUAUAGUAGAGAUGGUAGCCACUGCUGACAACUGUAAAACAAAUGUGAAAAGUACUUUUUCAUUGUCAUUAUUUAUCUGUUAGGAUUUUCUGCGCUGUGUCAGUGCGUCCAUCAUCUUUUUCAUCAUCUCCAUAAUAUCAGUUUCCAAGUUCACAGACGGGGCCUCUAAAGCAGCAGGGGUAAGAAAUGCUCUUUGACACUAUCCACACAUCUCUCAUCUAACCUAUGCCAUGAUCAGAGUUGUGUCUCCUCACCAUUUACAGGACAGGUGUCAAACUCAUUCCAUGGGGGGCCGAGUGUCUGCGGGUUUUCCCUCCUCCCUUGUACUUGAUUGAUGAAUUAAGGUCACUAAUUAGUAAGGAACACCCCACACCUGGUUGUCUCUGGGUAAUUGAAAGGAAAAAACAAAAACCUGCAGACACUAGGCUCCCCAUGGAAUGACUUUGACACCCCUGAUGUACGGUAUACACAUUGAACUCAGAAGUUGUGUCUGGUUACUCCACUGCAUUACUUAAUCGUGUCUGGAUAUCAUAUUACAGCUAACUUCUGUCAGACACUUCACCCCCUUCUGGAUUUACUAGCUGUUUCACGUUGAUAUCAAAGGUUUUCUUUCCCUCCACCCCCUCCAGGUGUUCGGGUUCAUUGCCACCAUUGUUUUUGCGCUAGAUUUCUACUUCAUCUUUAAUGACCUGGCUAAUUUCCUCAAAAAAGGUGGGGACUCGGGUGACGAGCCACCAAGAACCUCAGGUAACACAUUCUUUCAAAUAAUGUCUAGUAUAUAGUAUGAUCUAAUUAACGUAAAUCUACAUUUUGUCCCCAGUGCUACACACUUUAGCUGCUACAGUACCCCUCAGAAACAUUCAGUCCUUUCCUGUUCUUCCCACAAAAUGGCUACAGGAAAUAUAGAAAUGAAAACUUAGUGCUGACCCUCCAUUCAGGGUUUUUGUUUCUGUCAGUUCUAAUGAAAUGUGUUUGGAUAGUUUAGGAAAACUAAUAGACUUGCAGUUUGCUGAUAGCGCAUAGUAGAAAUCAUAAGCCACAUUGUGGACCACAUGGCUCGAGUUCACUCAGCCAAGGGUCACAGGUCAAUGGGGAGCUAAUACUCAUGGAGUGUGUUUGUGGAGUCAGCACAUCAUCUGGGAAAAUCAGUGGAGAUUGUUGUCUUUGUUCUGACCGUAUGCUGAGUAGCUAAUCUAUUCAAUAAACAAAACAUGGUAACAUUUGAAUUCUGAUUUCUCAUUUGCCUUGAAACUGUAUCUCAGCACAACCUAGUUGUUACUAUGUUAACAUUUAUAUUAGCUCUUUAAUCAUCGAUGUUGUCCACAAAUGUGUUUUUACCUAUCAUGAUUACUUUCUAGGAUUAUAUAGCCUUUAUAUUCAUUUCUAACUUCAAUUCCUGAUCAUUGCAUUAGGUCAGAGACCACAGGACUCAGCAAGACAAGGCAUUCACUUCAUUUCCCUCUUUGGAAGGGACAGGCAGAGGGGAUGUGACUCCGCUGUCCUGGCGUCGUGAGGGAGCUUGUUCCACCAUUGGGGUGCCAGAGCAGCGAACAGUUUUGACUGGGCUGAGGGGGAGCUGUGCUUCCGCAGAGGAAGGGGAGCCAGCAGGCCAGAGGUGGAUGAACGCAAUGUCCUCGUUUGGGUGUAGGGACUGAUCAGAGCCUGAAGGUACAGGGGUGCCGUUCCCCUCACUGCUCCAAAGGCAAGCACCAUGGUCUUGUAGCGGAUGCGAGCUUCAAUUGGAAGCCAGUGGAGUGUGCGGAGGAGGGGGGUGACGUGAGAGAACUUGGGAAGGUUGAACACCAGACGGGCUGCGGCAUUCUGGAUGAGUUGUAGGGGUUUAAUGGCACAGGCAGGGAGCCCAGCCAACAGCGAGUUGCAGUAGUCCAGACGGGAGAUGACAAGUGCCUGGACCAGGACCUGCGCCGCUUCCUGUGUAAGGCAGGGUCGCACUCUCCGAAUGUUGUAGAGCAUGAACCUGCAGGAGCGUACACAGACAGGCAUUGCUCAUACCCUCACUGUAAAAGUGUUUUUUCUGUUUUUGUGUUAUAGACUACAACGACUCAGACUCUGACUCCGACUGAAGAGGUUCUACCCCAGGGAUCAUGUGUGUCCAGUCCACCAUGCCGGACAGGAAGACAGCCAUACUGCAGAAGUCAACGGCAUCCUGA